GAAAUUCAUCUUGUGAAGAACGAUCAAAUAAUGAGCAAAAUCAAAUCAAAUCGUUGGACAUGACGCCUGAUGAUAAUAAAGAGAGGGUUAAUACACCCUUUUCAUAUAUGGGAAGCUCUUCUGGAAUUUAUAUAUUAAAUCGAUUAUUCGCAAAGAAUGCAAGUAAUCUAGAAAGUAAGGAAAAAGAGACUCUACCAAGACCCUUGGAAGGACAUGAAGAAGAUUUAAUGAUUGUGCGAUAUGGAUGUAAUACUUUACUUUAUCAAGAUGAAUCCCAUGCUACCUAUUUUAGAUGAAGACAAGUUUUAUGAAGAAUAUCAAAAGGCAAACCAUGCCGCUAUAUUUAUACCAAUCAUCAUGUCUGUCUGUCGUGCUGCUUGUCGCUUACUAAAAGAGGACGAUCUAUUAUUAAAAAAAUAUAAUUUAGAGCGAAAUACGUUAUUCAAGGAUAUUAAUAAACAGUUGGAGCUUUAUUUUGAUUUGGAUUUCCUUGAACCAAAGAUAGAAACAAUUCAAGUUCUCUUACUUAAUUCUGCUAAUGCUGUUAAAUGGGGGAUUGAUAGUAAAGAUUGGAUAAUGACAAGUAUAGCUGUUAAAAUGGCACAGGAUUUAGGAUUACACAGAGCAAAUACUCAACAAGAAGAUAUACCAAAAAAGGAGAUGGAGGCUAAAAAGAGAUUAUGGUGGUCUGCUUAUGUAAUCGAUCGUUGGGUUUGUGCGUCAUUAGGAAGACCCUUAACUAUAUCUGAUGCUGAUUGUGAUGUAGAAUAUCCUGAUCCACAAAAUACUCAAUAUAUUUUAUUUAUUUAUUUGAUAAAGUUAGCUUAUAUUCUUGGCGAUACACUUCGAAAACUUUGUUCGCCUAGAGCUCGUUUAAUGUCCGAAAAAGGAGUCAAUUUGGAGAACAUUUCCCGCAAUUUGGAACAAAUGCUUCUAGAAUGGAAAAAUUCCUUACCUGCAGACCUUAAUUUGACAGCAGAAGAAUUAUCCCAGAUUUCCCGAAAAGAUUUAGACCCAGGAUUAGAAAGAAAAUUAAAUAAUGGAGCUGGUAAACUUUACUUAGCUUACUGUGCAGUUUACUUAUUAUCAAAAAGACCCUAUAUUUCAAUGGGUCUUGGUAAUGAUUCUGCAGUCCAAAUGCCUUCUGAAUGUAUAAAAUGUUUAAAGACUUCAGUAGAUAUAUUUGAUGUAAUAGACGUUACAGCAUUAUUAUGUGGUUGGUCACUUUCAAGUUAUUGUAUUUCACAGACACAAAUGCUUUUACUGUUAAAUUAUAAAAAUGCAGAUGCAAACCUUAUUGUAGAAUCAAAGAAUUUAGCAAAGAGGUUUAGAGAACGACAUCAUGAAUUGUCACUUUUUAUUACACAGCCGUCUAUUGUGCCAUUCAUGGAAGCAUUAGCUAAUGUGGUUGGCAGUGAUGGAAAUAAUAAAGAAUCUGAGAUAUUACAUAAACAAGGCCAUUCAUCAUCAAUAGCAUCCACAAUGGCUUUUCAGAGCGCUGAUAAAAAAGAUGAAACAGCUAUAGAUCAACAAUCUUCAUUAUGGGAUGCAUCAAACGGAAUAGACUGGCAAGAAAUGAUUAAAUUAUUAGCAGAAACAGGAUAUCAGAUUUAAUAAUUAUUGUUUUUUGUUUAUCAUUGUCUUUUAUUGCUUUCAAUGUAUUUACAGAAAAAAAAAAAAAAAAAAAACGGACUUAAUAUUUACAUAAGCUGUCGGGGGAAAUAAUAAAACUCAG